CUGCACUACGGGACCCUCCUGGGCAGCAGAGCUUGUGCCCACAUGGCAGCAGCUGCCUGGGCCAGUGCCUUUCUCUAUUCCCUGCUGCACACAGCCAAUACAUUUUCCCUGCCGCUGUGCCAUGGCAAUGCCCUGGGCCAGUUCUUCUGUGAAAUCCCACAGAUCCUCAAACUCUCCUGCUCACACUCCUACCUCAGGGAACUUGCGCUUCUUGCAGUUAGUGUCUGUUUGGUAUUUGGCUGUUUUGUGUUCAUUGUUUUCUCCUAUGUGCAGAUCUUCAGGGCUGUGCUGAGGAUCCCCUCUGAGCAGGGAAGGCACAAAGCCUUUUCCACCUGCCUCCCUCACCUGGCUGUGGUGUCUCUGUUUAUCACCGCUGGCACAUUUAGCUACCUGAAGCCCCCCUCCAUCUCCUCCCCAUCCCUGGAUCUGGCCCUGUCAGUUCUGUACUCAGUGGUGCCUCCAGGGCAGUUCUUGUGA